UUUUAUGACAAAAAUAAAUCAAGCGAAUACGUGUCACCCCAAUGGGGCCGCUGCUUACAAGUCAGCAAAUCUGAGCUAUUACCCGAUCAGAUCUUCGACAGAGAUCGAUCGGCACCUACCUCCUCUUCAUCAUCACCAACCUCUAGGGUUUGUGUUAAGGUCAGAAGAAGCGAAGAUGUUGGGGAUUGCCAGGCAAAGAAUUGUAUGCGGAGGGAUUAGUGCUUCGACUUUGCAGAGGAUUCGAACUCAAUCCCUACUUUAUGCUUCGAGGAAUUAUUCUUCUACAGCAAAAGAGAUGACAGUGCGAGACGCUUUAAACUCUGCACUUGACGAAGAAAUGUCUGCAGAUCCUAAAGUCUUUUUGAUGGGUGAAGAGGUUGGUGAAUAUCAGGGUGCUUACAAGAUCUCGAAAGGGCUUUUGGAGAAGUAUGGUUCUGAGAGGGUUGUUGAUACUCCAAUUACAGAGGCUGGCUUUACGGGGAUUGGAGUUGGUGCUGCAUACUACGGUCUGAGGCCUGUUGUAGAAUUUAUGACAUUUAACUUCGCCAUGCAGGCAAUUGAUCACAUUAUUAAUUCCGCUGCAAAGUCAAACUACAUGUCUGCUGGUCAGAUAUCUGUACCUAUUGUUUUUCGAGGACCAAAUGGUGCUGCUGCUGGAGUUGGUGCCCAACAUUCCCAGUGUUAUGCAUCAUGGUAUGGUUCAUGUCCAGGAUUGAAGGUGCUCGCUCCAUACUCAUCAGAAGAUGCUCGGGGCCUGCUAAAAACUGCUAUAAGGGAUCCAGACCCAAUUGUUUUCCUUGAAAAUGAGUUGCUAUAUGGCGAGUCCUUUUCUGUUGCAGCAGAAGUUCUUGAUUCUAGUUUCUGUCUUCCAAUAGGAAAAGCGAAGAUAGAAUGUGAAGGAAAAGAUGUGACCAUUACUGCCUUUUCGAAGAUGGUUGGUUAUGCUCUCAAGGCAGCUGAAAUUCUUACAAAGGAAGGAAUUAGCGCUGAGAUUAUAAAUCUGCGCUCAAUUCGUCCGCUUGAUAGAUCCACAAUCAAUGCUUCUGUCAGGAAAACCAACAGACUUGUAACUGUUGAAGAAGGAUUCCCUCAACAUGGUGUUGGAGCAGAGAUUUGUGCAUCUGUUGUAGAGGAUAGUUUUGAGUAUCUUGAUGCACCGGUUGAGAGGAUUACUGGAGCAGAUGUUCCCAUGCCUUACGCUGCAAAUCUUGAGAGGAUGGCUGUCCCACAGAUUGAGGAUAUUGUACGUGCUGCAAAGAGAGCCUGCUACAGAUCAGUUCCAAUGGCGGCAACCGCUUAAGAUCGCCAACAAUGGCCUUAAUCAUCUUGUUUUUCUCCCAACAGUUCCUUUUACAUUUUUUUUUUUUUUUUUUUUUUGCGGUACCACCUACCCCAUAUUCUCUUCUGGAAAAGGGGUUCGAUUGGUGUAUCUACUGUCAUUGAGAAAACAUUUAAAUGCAUGCUUGUGCAGGAAAAAUAAAUAAGGGUUUGUAACAUUUUGUAAACAGAUAGAUUACAUGAUAUGAAUGUCGAAUUUAACAUUCAGAUUUUCUGAAUCA